CAGAUAACCGCCUCCGCAUUGUCUGCCGAGGCUGUUGUCACCUGACUGGAUCACAUAAUCGAAGUCACAUGAUCCAAGCCGGGCCGUUUUUCUCUCAGGAACAAACACGAUCGAGCAUAAAUUAAUGGUGAAUCUGCUCGCGUACAAUUUGCAAAAUGUACGUCGCAAGUGUUCUUGGCACACUGGCAGCUUAUCGCUUGCUUCCGAUAAGAUCUCUGAGCCUCUUAUCGAUCUCGUGACCGGAUGCCCGGCACUGCUGCGGAACACCUCCGAAGGUCAUCGGACGUCCGAAAGAUCCACACCAGCAAGCAAUCGCCACUGGAAUCAACAAAUUCGAUGUCUCGACCACAGAUCCAGUCCGUCCACGUCACCCAAUGGCCUGUGUUCUCGCAGUAGCUAAGACUCGACCGCCAAUAAUGGGCCCUGUGUCAGAAAUUGGAGCUUCUGUCGGCCUAUACUCCGACGGCCAUAUCUUUUCAGAUAAAGCAGGAAAUUUUCAGGCACAAUGUCAUAUUAAUAGGUGUCACCCUGGCAGCUGGCCCGAGUCUUGGAUCGCAUUUCCGAAGGUUUUAAAAGACACAGCGCAUCCGAUAAUUUGAAACUGCGAAUCUCUGGCUCGACAUGGCAAUCAAUCGACAAGCAGCUGCCGAAAAGGCACUACAUGACCAGACCAACAUCCUCCCACGAGGUCGACUGCUGAUCGUAUUUGCCGGCCUCGCUAUAUCGCUCUUCAUAUCCUUUGUCGAUCAGAACGGUAUCAGCGUCACGCUGCCGACAAUCGCAGAGGAUCUCAACGGGAAAAACACAAUCUCCUGGGCGGGCACUUCCUCGCUGAUAGCCAACACCAUGUUCAGCGUGCUUUACGGGCGUCUGUCAGACAUAUUCGGUCGAAAGAUUGUGUAUCUGUCUGCAUUGGCAUUGCUAUGUAUUGCCGAUCUACUGUGCAGUUUAUCCCAAAAUGCAGCCAUGUUUUAUGUUUUCCGUGGUCUGGCGGGUGUUGCAGGUGGUGGAAUCGGCUCGCUGGCUAUGAUCAUCGUCUCGGAUGUGGUUACGCUCCAGCAGAGAGGAAAGUAUCAGGGAAUUUUGGGAGCGUCUCUUGGAGUUGCAAACGUGGUUGGCCCCUUUAUUGCAGCUGCGUUUAUCCUGAGAGCCACAUGGCGUGGCUUCUUCUGGAUGCUAUCGCCGCUUGCUGCGUGUUCAAUCGUUGUGGGUUAUUUUCUUAUCCCUGAUAGUGCACGCAAGGAUAGUUUCCGGGCCAAUCUUAAGCGGAUCGAUUACUUUGGCAUCAUUGCAUCUUCCAUUGGGAUUAUCUUCUUACUGAUUCCGAUUUCCGGGGGUGGCUCGUACUUUGAGUGGAAUUCGCCCAUGGUCAUUAUGGAGUUCUUUAAGAACAGGGUCAUUGUUGCGCUGUUCCUGCAAAGCUUCCUCCUCGGCGCAGUCUACCAAGCAUAUCUGUACUACCUGCCGCUGUACUACCAAAACGCGCGCGGCUGGUCCCCAGUCGUCUCCGCAGCGCUAACGGCCCCCAUGGUCGCGUGCCAAUCCAUUUCGUCCGUCCUCUCAGGGCAGUACAUCUCGCGCUUCAAGCGUUACGGCGAGGUGAUCUGGCUUGGAUUCGGUAUCUGGACACUCGGCGCUGGCCUAACCCUCCUUUUCAACAAAACAACGCACCCCGCCGUAAUCGCCGUCAUCGUCGCAAUAACCGGCCUCGGCAUCGGCUGCACCUUCCAACCAACCCUCGUCGCCUUCCAAGCGCAUUGUACAAAACGCCAACGCGCCGUCGUCAUCUCCAACCGCAACUUCUUCCGCUGCCUUGGCGGCGCCUGCGGGCUUGCAAUCUCCGGCGCCGUCCUGCAGGCGACACUACGCUCCCAUCUACCAAGUGGCUACGCGCACCUCUCAGACUCGACGUACACUUUACCAGCACGGGAGAGUGUCUCGCCAGAACUGUGGAAGGGGAUCGUGGACGCGUAUACACAGGCGUCCAAGGCGGUUUUUAUCCUGCAGGUUCCGCUGAUUGGGGUUGCGUUUUUGGCGUGUCUGCUUAUCAAGGAUCAUGGGUUGGAAAGGCCGAAGGAUGCGGAUGAGAUUGCGCAGGAGGAGGAACGGAAGAAAGAAGAGAGUAAGGAUGAGGAGCGGCAGUUGAAUGGGGAUGUAUCUGAGACGACGAGUCAGGUGCUGACGCCGCCGAGGGGUUCAAUAGAGCGGGCGAAUGAGAAGGAAACUGUGUGAGGGUUUCAUCGCUCCGAGCAUGGAUGUGCAUUUUUCGGUGUUGAAUCAUUUGGGUUGCAUUGGUCGUUGACUGUAUAUAGAUGUGGCAAACAUAUAUUCGGUUCGCAUAUAGAAUAUAUAUAUCUUUCUAUUCUGUCA